GGCCAUGGCGUGCCCGCGGCGGCGCUGAGGCGCGGCGGCUCCGCGCGGCGCGGACAUGUCCCUGCCCUACCGCAGCCUGCUCAGAUACCUGCUCCCAGCCCUGCUGCUGCACGGGCUGGGAGAAGGUUCUGCUCUUCUUCACCCAGACAGCAGGUCCCACCCUCGGUCCUUGGAGAAGAGUGCAUGGAGGGCUUUCAAGGAGUCACAAUGUCACCAUAUGCUGAAACACCUUCACAAUGGAGCCCGGAUCACUGUGCAAAUGCCUCCCAAUAUUGAGGGACACUGGGUCUCUACUGGCUGUGAAGUUAGAGCAGGCCCAGAGUUCAUCACAAGAUCAUACAGAUUCUACCACAAUAAUACAUUUAAGGCCUAUCAGUUUUAUUAUGGUGGCAAUCGGUGCACAAAUCCCAUCUAUACAUUAGUUAUGCGUGGCAAAAUUCGUCUCCGCCAAGCAUCCUGGAUCAUCCGAGGGGGUACUGAAGCUGAUUACCAGCUGCGCAGUGUACAAAUCAUAUGCCACAAUGAAGCAGUAGCCAAAAAAUUAAGUGAGUUGGUGAACCAUACAUGUCCUGGAUUUAUACCAGAAGAUAGUCCUUGGGAGCAGGAUGUGAGCUAUGAUUUGCUGAGAGAAGAGAAUGGUUGUGAAUGCACCAAAGCUCUGAAUUUUGCCAUGCAUGAACUCCAGCUAAUCCGCGUGGAGAAACAGUAUCUGCAUCACAAUUUAGAUCACCUUGUGGAGGAGCUAUUUCUCGGAGACAUUCACACUGACGCUACUCAGAGAAGGUACUAUCGGCCUUCCAGUUACCAGCCUCCUCUUCAAAAUGCCAAGAACCACGAUCACACUUGUAUUGCCUGCAGAAUCAUCUACCGGUCGGACGAGCACCAUCCUCCCAUCUUACCCCCCAAGGCAGAUUUGACCAUAGGGCUACAUGGAGAGUGGGUGAGCCAGCGUUGUGAGGUGCGGCCUGAGGUCCUUUUUCUCACUCGGCACUUCAUCUUCCAUGACAACAACAACACCUGGGAAGGUCACUACUAUCACUACUCCGACCCCAUCUGCAAACACCCCACCUUUACCAUCUACGCCAAGGGGCGCUACAGCCGAGGAGUGCAUUCUUCCAAAGUGAUGGGUGGAACAGAGUUCGUGUUCAAAGUAAAUCACAUGAAGGUCACUCCCAUGGAUAUAUCCACAGCCUCACUGCUGAACGUCUUCAAUGGGAACGAGUGUGGAGCACAGGGAUCCUGGCAAGUCGGAGUUCAGCAAGACGUUACUCACACAAAUGGCUGCAUUGCGCUUGGCAUCCGCCUACCUCACACCGAGUAUGAAAUCUUCAAGAUGGAACAGGAUGCCAGGGGCAGGUAUUUGCUGUACAAUGGCCAAAGACCAAGCGAUGGGUCCAGCCCAGACAGACCAGAGAAGAGAGCCACAUCUUACCAGAUGCCUUUAAUUCAGUGUGCUUCAUCAGUACCCAGAUCUGAAGAUUCACCAGAGGAGAAUAAAAUAAGGCAGUAUAGCAGCAGGGCACCAGAAAAAUAUUCCAGCACCCCAGCUUUUGCUUUGGUGUUGUUUAUUUGUACUGUGUCAUAUUGGGACAUGCUCAGCUAGAAGUGAAAAAAUUAUUUUUCAUGACUACAAAGCCAGGAUUCCAUAAGACUGAGAGUUGUUUUUCUUCAGAAAGAAAGGGACAUUUAUUUUCUUGAUGCACUUGAAUGCCUAAGAAUUGUUGUUCUUUUCCUUAUUUUUCCCCCUCCUUGAAUCAUGAACGGCACUCGUUUGAUGUCUGUGCUUUGAACUUCAUCCAGUCUGAUCCCUGGCCUGACAUGACUGCACAAAAGUAAUUGCACUUUAGGACUGCAGACUUCUGGGGGGAGGAAGGGGGUCUCCUUUUCUUAAUUGCUGGGGUGAACGUUACAGUCCUGCUUCAGCUGCCUCUGCCAUUUUACCAUUGUGGUACUUUUCUCCCCAAGGCUCGAUUUCUCGCCAGAAUUUAACUCUGAGGAAUCACUCAGUGCAGUGUUUAUACUGUGAUAAUGGCUUCCCCCUUUGACUUUAGAACUCCAGUGUAGAUAUGUAUAUAAGAAAGAAACCCACAAGGAUUUAUCUAAUCAUUAUCUCACAGCUAACACAAAAAGAAUCUGCAAAUAAAACAAUCCUCCAUUCAGAUAAGUGCUAAAUGGUUGAUACCUCCGAUUAAAAGAAAUUAGAAGUAAUUUAAACUAUUUUUACAAUCAUUAAGUUGCAGAAAUAACCAAUGUCUUAGUAUUUUCUCUUUCAAUUUCCUUAGCUAUAUAAUUGUUUCUAGGCCUCCCUUUGUAUGUAGUGAGUAGUUGCAACAAACCCCUCUUCAAGCCAGAUGGAAAAAGCGUUUUUUUUAAUCACAUGCGCACUGUACAGGUAAGUUGCUGAUACAAGGCUGAAGCACUGACAUGUUCUGUUUUCAUUUUCACAAGACCUUAUAUACUUUCUAUGCAGUAUUUGUAGCUUGGAUUCUGUUUUAUCCAAGUGAACAAACUAAAGCAUACGGGGCUGUAAUACAUUCUGCAAUCCAAUCUAGCAGCAGAGCUUUAAUGAUGUAAAGCAAUAUUAGGUAGGAACAAGUAAAGGGUCUCAGCAACAAGAGCCCUAGCAUUGCUUUUAGUUUAGAGAGCAAGAAAGUAGCAGGAACCAGACCUGCAUCCAUCUGACCGAGGGAGGAGUUGGAGUAAGAGUUGCACAAAUGCAGCCAUGUCCUUCCUUUUCUCCUUACUAGACAGUGCCCACACGCACUGUGGUUUCACUCAGUUUAAACCUGCAUCGGUCUGGGGAGACACCGCCAGGAAGAGAUAGGCACAGCCCUUGGAGAGCUUCCCCCAAUACCCUAGGAUCUUCCCCAUGGGAGAUAUAUACUUCCCCCUAUACAUACAGAUGUGAACCAGAGGAAAUGGAUCUGCUCGGGAGAGACAACAGGGGAGAUGUUUAAGGCCAGCAAGGAGGGUCAGCUCACAGGUGAAUCAUGCUCCCCUGCAUGGGGACCAGGAUGGGUACCAAGCUGAGAGCAUGGCUCAGCCUUGUAGCAUUUGCAGCGUGCCUUCACUUCACAGGAGGAGCAGGCACCUUUCUAAGAAGCAGUAGGAGCAAGGUCAUAGUGUUUCUUCAUCAGUAUCUGAAUAGAACCUGCUUAGUCCAGACCAGUGAGAAAGAACCCUCCCAAGUAUCCUUUUUUAGCAUUAUAGGAAAAACAUAAAUAAAGGCCUUUCAUCUUUAUAUAGGUGAGUCCAUACUUUGUGCUACAGCAAAAGUGUUCUUUUAAAACAGUGAUACCAUCAAUCUCCGUAGCAAAGCCAUUCAAAGAAAAAAGGAAAAAGCAAUGGUGAUACUAUAUUGAGGCUUCCCAACCAACUCCCCAAAGUUUGCUGCCUUCCUUACAGUUUUCCAAGUUAGUAUCAGCCUUUGAUGCACAUUUCCUCAGAAGGGGGCACAAAAUCAGUUCACCUGUUUUUGGAAAAGCAGGAAGAAGUGAGUAAAGGAACAACCAGAGACUCUCACUGCCAGAUCAGAUCACACCUUUUACAUUUUUUCCUCAAACAGAUGAAAAGUCUCAGAAAACCCAACUCAACUGUCAAGAAUCCAGCUCAGAAGUCACCACAGAAAGCAUUCAUCCAUCCAUCUAAUUACCAGAUCUUCCUUCAGCAGCUGGAAGGAGCCAGGAGCCAACUCGCCUUGAUGAAUCAAGCCCUGAAAUGGUGAUUAGACCAGCUGUUGUUCUCUUGCUAUGGCCUUCUGCUCUGCAUAGUUAAACCUACUCAGAGAGGGUCAGUUCUGGACAAGCUGCUGGUAGGGAGGCAUUAGGAGCAGUUUUAACCAAAGGGUCAAGAGAGCGACACAAUCACUAUAUCUCUGAAAGUACCAGAAGGGAUUUUCUCAUGAGUUUUACGUUCAACAGAUUUACACCAGCGUUUUUCCAGCUGACCAACUGCUGACCAGAUAGUCAAACAAGUCCCUUCAGAUACUAGCUUAGGUUCUGACUUUUUUUUUUUUUUAAGUUACAUGAGCAAAUUCACAUUCAUUUCUAUUUAUAGAGAUUCAUGUGGCACCUAUUUCUUACAACUUGCAAAACAUGCUUCUUUCUCCAUUGCCUAUUCCCACCUUAGAUGGUCUUGUCUCCUGAAAAAUGUAAUUUUAUAGUUACGUUUAUUUACAUAUAAUUGUUUGCACUUGUUAGACCCUGAUCCUACACUAUGUAGGUGCCAUACACUGUUUAGUCCCAGCUGAAAUCUGCACAUCUUUGUAACGUGGGAUUGAUCCCUACAGCAAAAGAAAUGGUAUUGAUAGUCAUGAUAUUCAGUGUUCAGUAGGGCAAUGAUCUACAAUUUAUUAGUGCUUCCUAGCUCCUCUGUAAAUUGCUUAGUAUCAAACUAUACAAGUUUCAAAAGAGAAAUACCUGUCUAGUUCCUUCUUGCAAGUAGCACAUUUAUAUCAAAAUACAAUAAAUAUUCACUUUGAAUCACAGUCUUGCAAAAAUCUAGGUUUUCUGAGUUUUCUCACUUGCACUUAUCGCAAGUGUAACAGAAUGUAAGAAUUGUAUUUUUUUUCCUAUCACCUAGAGAUACUUAAAAGUGUAUUGCAAGAAUUGUGAUAUGGGGCUUUUCCAGUUCAUUUGUAGUGUUGACUAGGAACAAAAUUUCACGAUCUGGGUUCUUAGCACAUGCUGCACCAGCCUCCUGCUUUGUGCCAAACCCUAUAUAUAUUUUUUUAUUAUUUUUUUCUGUAAGUCAAUAGAAGCCAAGAUGGAAAAAGAUAAAAAAGCAAGUCUUCAGAGUGUGUACUUUAUUUGUCAAACCAUAUUCUGUACAGGGAUUCUCCUAGAUUACAGGCACAGAACUAGGAGCUAAGCUUCCCUCAUCCUCUCAUUUCAUCACACACUAAAUUAAUACUUUAUUGCACCAUGUACAUAUGUGACACAACAAACUCCAUUCAUUUCAUUUGUUCAACCUGACCUCCUCAUACGUUGGCAGCCCUGGCUGGUAAAGAAUGUAAGCCACAAGUGGUUUAGCAGUGGAAGACUGCAAAUUCUGUGAUUUGUCCCAUACUAAAGCUCAGAUGUUUUAAAAGCAAAACGAUUAAAGUGGUAUCUUUAUUAACUGUCACUGCAGCCAGGAUGAAUGAAAGAAGUUUUUCCCUUAGCACCACUGUAAUAGCCACGCAGUCAUUUGACAAAAAAAAAAAAAAAAAAAAAAAAAAAAAGUGCAUCUGAAGAAGCUCUUGGUCAAUUUUUCCAUGUUCUAUUUUAAAAAGGACAAAAGGGAUCAGAAAAUUAUACUGAAAGUGUUCCUGGUCUGUUUCUAUACCGUUUACAUAUUGUCUGCUGCUCUGGAGUGGAAUGUCAUUUUUAUGAGCAGAAGUCCGUAUUUUGAGAUAAAAUAUCUGUCUUGCUUGCGUUGGAGUGUGCUUGCUUAAAGAUUUUUUUUUUUAAGAAUCUUUUUUAUUUUUGUAAAGUUAUAGAAGAUAUUUUUCUUCUCAACUAUAUGUUCCAGACUAAACUGCUGGGGAAGUUUAAGCACUUGUUAAAAUAUUGAUUGAAAUAAAAAGAGCCUAACUGAAAAGUUAA